UAUCAUGAAAAACCCUUAUUAUCGAAAUGGCGAUCCUAUAACUUCUAAGUACGAAGGAUUACUUAUAGAUCUUCUUAUAAAGUUACAAGAAAUGCUUAACUUUAAAUUUAAAUUAUACGAAAUUGAGCAAUAUGGAAAUGAAAAUCCCGAAACAAAAGAAUGGAACGGAUUAGUUAGACAAUUAAUGGAUAAGAAAAUAGAUUUGGCCCUUGCUACCUUGACGAUAUCUUGGAAAAGACAAGAAGUCAUCUCCUUUACAGCUCCUUACUACGAUUUAGGUUUGGCUAUAUUAAUGCCAAAAUAUAAUGCUAAAACUACUGAAAAUUAUUUUGCAUUUUUAUCACCUUUUGAAACAACAGUGUGGCUUACUAUUGCUGUGUCGGUGAUUUUUACUUCUCUAGUGCUCGCUAUAUGUGUAAAUUUAACACCAAGUAAUUUUAACAACAGUAGAAAGGAGAUAAGGAAAACAAAUCAAAGCGUUAGAGAUUCUUCUUGGAUCACUUUUCCACAAGCACUUUGGUGGAGCUUCUCGUCGCUUGUAGCCCCGGGAACAGAAUUUGAACAAAAAAACAAUCUUCCGGCAAGAAUUGUAAUGGUGACUUGGUGGUUAACUACAGUUAUUCUUAUUGCUGCAUAUACAGCAAAAUUAGCAGCAUUUAUGACGGUCCAGAAUAUGAAACAAGGUAAUAAAAUUAUUAAUUACAGUAAAUACUUUAAAACGAAUUUUUUCAUAAAUACUCUGUUUUUAGAAAUUAAUUCUCUGGAAGAUUUAGUGAAAUUCGAUACAAUUCCAUUCGGAACUCUAAAAGAUUCUUAUGUUGAGAACUUCUUCGCCAAUAGUCACUACGAAAUGCAUAAAAUAGCUUACAAAAUGAUGAGAAAGCAAAAUACAUUCAAAAACGAAACUGCUGUGGGCAUAGAGAGAGUUAGAGCAUCGUAUUAUUUGCCAGAAGGUAGUAGAAAAUAACAUUAAUAAUAUACCAGAACAAAAAAAUAAUAGAUAAGUUAUUUAAUUAUAUUAACUUAUUCAAAAAAUAACGUACUGUACAUCUUGUUGUUGCAGUAAGUAAAUAAGCUGUGUUUAAUAUUUCAGGUCACAAGAAUCGUUUCGCUUUUAUACAUGAUUCUCCAGUUGUAGAUUACACUGCAAUGCAAAGGCCGUGCAAUGUCGAACGAAUUGGAAGACUUUUCGGAUUAGUAAAUUAGUUAUAACAUUAAUAAUAACGAAUGAUGAACAGUAAAAGUGUAACAUUAAUGUUGUCUUGUGUUAAAAUACACAAGACAGAGUUAUUGUUACUCUUUUAUUCUUAUUAUUACGAAAACAUAUUACAGUAUUGAUAUGGAUAAAUGUUUUUAAAACAAUUAUUUCUAUGAAUAUGUGCUGUAUCUUCUGCUUAUAAUAUUUUUAUUUUAACAGCAAAAUUACGGUAUUGGUUUGCCGAAAGGUUCCCCAUUCGAGAAACUAUUUACAUCAUCUAUUUUGAAGCUAAGAGAAGAAGGAUAUAUGGAUUUUUUGAAUAAAAGAUGGUUUAUCAAUAAUUGUCCAGGUAAUAUGUAAAAUUAUCUCCAAACGGAGUGCUAGGUUACUAAAAUUUAACGUUUUUAAAUUUCAGAUAAUAGAGUAGGAAGCGGGGAACAUCAAAUGGAUAUUAAAAAUUUAGCUGGCGUGUUUCUAUGUUAUUUGGGAGGACUCUUCGUUGCACUUCUGAUCGUAACUAUUCUGUGGAUAAGAGAAAUGACCAAGAGCGAGAAGAAAGUAGUUGUUUCACCUAAUCCAAAUGGUAGUUAUAUAUCGUAAGAAGCCCUCUCUAGAUGAUUCAUCUUUACUUCGCUGUUCGAAAACAUCAUCAUCUAAAUAUAUAAAAUUGCUUGUCCUGACUGACUGACUGAAUGACUCACUCACUGAUUCAUCAUCGACCAGAGCAGACCGCUUAACGUAAAGAGGUGAAA